UGAACACUCAAAAAAUGAAUUAUAACUGGUUAAUUACAUUUGUCGUUGUUUGCUUUGCAAAUGUAGUAUGGUCGGACGACUGUCCUCCUCACUGGAUUAAGCAUGGAUUUUCUUGUUAUCUGUUCAUUAAAGAUGUUCCCGAGGACUUCAUUGAAGCUGGGUCAUUUUGCGAAAGGCGUGGAUCCAAGUUGGUGGAAAUCGAGACAGUUGACGAAAACAACUUUCUCCGCUCACAUAUCGUUGGAACAAAUCCACAAGAGGGGUACUGGAUAGGACUGUCAGACAUUGUCUUUGAGGGAGAGUGGGUAUGGACAUCCACCCAGAAUACAGCAUCAUUUAAGGACUGGUCACCGAACCAACCGGACAACUACCAGAGUCAUCAGGACUGUGCCAUGUUCUUUACGCCGGAUAAUUUCCACUGGAACGACCAUUUCUGUACAGUUAAGGCUGGAUUCAUCUGCGAAAUGGAGGCAGGUGAACCAAUUGAUAUUGUAGGAUAAGGCGAGGAAAAUUACUCAAAAUUAAACAAGGAAAAGUUGCAUGUUUGUUAAAAUCAUCAGUGUCUGUGCUUUAAGAAUUUUGAUAAUAAAAUUGCAUGUUCGGAUUUUUUUCUUAACUUUUU